UCAGUUGCAGUGUCUAAAUAUCUGUACGUUUGAAGGUAAUGUACGAACGGUUUCGCCGUUUUCCUGGUAAUUUGGUACGCUGAUGCAUUCGGGUCCCAGUCGAAGGCACAAAACCUGUAUUUCAUCUAUUAAUGUUGACGGUAUACUUUCACAUCCUUUUGUUUCUUCAUUUUACUCUUUCCUUUGCAUCACAUCAGGCAAGGUCAACACUAUGGGGGAACUGGAAGCUAACAGAGAAAACAAUCGCUCGCAAGAGGACGUGCAUGAAAACUGGAAUCGUGUAGAAGUUGAUGUUGUGGGUGAAGAGAUAACUACUAAAGGCAGAAUUCAAGAGGUCGAGAAGCUGGCUGCAAAGAUCUGUCAAGAUAAAAUUGAGCUGAAUGAAGAUAUAGAGAAAAGGAAGUGUGAUAGGAGCAGUGCCCUUUUUCGGUUGGAAGACCUGAAUGAAAAGGGACUCAAAUCCAGGUUGGCCGUGGAGAGGGAGAAAAUGAAUAUACUGCAACUAUUUCUGCUUCGUUUAACAAACAAAGCUCCCCAAGGAAAACCGGAGAAGCCCUUCAUGCCACGAGAAGAGAUAUCUAAGCAUAAAAUGAAUUUCCGGAUGGUACAUGGAACAAACAGUUUGGCUGACGAAAAGCAGCUUGUAAAAGAGAUGAAUGUGAGACAGGAGGAGGAUACUGCUGGUUCAUUUUCGCCAUUGGGAAGGGAUUAUUAUUGUUAUAUAGCUCCGCCUCUUGUAACUACUUAUUACUUGCGUCAUCUCUCUGCUGUACAAUAUCUGCGGAAUCAGAGAAGUAUAAUGCAUCAACGCCUAAGACAAAUCCAAGAACUUCAAUGGCAAGGAAGACAAAUACAAGAACUUCAAUGGCAAGGCGAUAGACCGGGAAUAGUAUUUGAAAGGCAAUGGGAUGAAGCCAUUGCUGAAGCAAGAGCUAGUGCAAAUCCUAAUGCUGAUGCUAAUGCUGCUGCCAAUGCUAUUGCAACUGCCAGGAUUUGGGAUUCUUUGAGUUCGAAGAAAGCGUUACAAGAGCAAAUCAAGGUAACUGGUGAAAAGAUAGAAGAGUUAACGAAAUCACUAACAGCCGUGCGGCCAAAAGUUAGGAAAGUUGAGAGAGAAUUGAAGACCAUUGAAAGAGAUAUCGAAAUCUUGGAGAAGAAAUUGCCAUUGAUUGAUCAGAGGAAAGAUGAAGCAUACCAAUGCAUUCUUAAAUUGAAAAACCAACAGAGUGAUCAUGUCCAUGUAUUCUCAAAUUGAACAUAAAGAUUCACAGUUGUGUAAAAUAAACAUUGGUUGAAGAACUGUUCUGCCCACCCAUAUUAUUUGGUUUGUUUUCAACACACCAAAACUCCAUUGUUUAGGUUCGGAAAAUAUAAUCCAAGUUCUUUUUAA